CUUGAACCACCUUCAGAAGAGCUUCCCUAUUUAUACCACUUUUUUUUUUGCCAACUCCAAACUUUCCACUUACCUCACUUGCCUCGUUCAAAACUAGCACCUCCGCAUCAGUAUCCUUGCCAAGCCUCCAUCACCACCACCACAACCACUAACGCCACAUCUCACCAUCAAAAUGUCUACCGGCAACUUCAAGUUCGAGAACAAGGGCCACAACUGGGUCCAAAACGACGUCUGGACCGCCGUUGACGGCUACACCAUGGGCCAUCUCCACCCCUCCAGCAAGCCCAACGCCUCAGCUCUCCAAAACGCCCUCGACGCCUCCAAAGCCGCCGGCCUGCCUGACAUCUCGGCCUCCCCGGCUCAGAGCAAGUUCAUGGCUCUCCAGUGCCGCGUUCUGGGCGUCACGCACGCCCUCGAGGUCGGCACUUUGGGCGGCUACUCGGCCAUCUGGCUGGCGAGCGAGAACCCGCAGAUGAAGCUUACCACUGUCGAGUUCGACCCGCAUCACGUUGAGGUGGCGCGCAAGAACAUUGAAUACGCUGGAUUAUCGGACAGGAUCGAGGUUAUCCAGGGAUCUGGAUUGGAGGUGUUGAACCAGCUGAAGGAGGAGAUCCAGGAGGGCAAGAGGCCCAAGUUCGGCUUCUUCUUUAUCGAUGCCGAUAAGCCGAAUAAUCUCAACUACUUCAACUUGGCGGUGGAGAUGGCGCUGCCCAAGGCCAUGAUUUGCGUGGACAAUGUGGUGCGCGGAGGCAGGUUGAUUGAUCAGAGUUUGACUGAUCCCAGGGAGACGGCUGGCAGGAUUCUGGUGGAGGGAGUGGCUAAGGAUUCGAGGGUUGAGUCGGUGGUUAUGCAGACUGUGGGUGAGAAGAGCUAUGAUGGAUGUCUUUGGGCCAUCUUGAAGUCGGAUGCUUGAAGUACAUCAGGGAGUUGAAAGGC